CUGCGCCACUGGACCUCCGCUCCACCGCACCACACUCCCUCGCAGCAGCAGAAGGAGCAGCCCCAACCACCAUCACCACCCACAACUCCCGCUGCUGCUGCUCUGCGCAGCUGAAUUGGCUCUUCGUCGCAAUUCCAUCGCAGCAGCAGCUCUUCUGUGCUUGCAACAUCCCCAAUGGUAGGACGUGCAAUGGAGUUGGCAGCUGCGACCCGAAGUGCGUUCCUUGGGAAUGGCGUGGAGAGCUGCCUCUCUCCCAAGGCUUGCCGUAGCAGCUUCAGGACCCCGACCACCACCACCACCCCUGGUCAGAUUGUGAUGACCUCCAACUUCGAGAAGACGAAUCCGUAUGCUGAUGAGUUGAAGAAGACCGCCGCGUUUAUCUCAGCGCCCGGGAAGGGGAUCUUAGCUUCGGAUGAGAGUAAUGCCACCACUGGCAAACGAUUGGCGACGGUGGGAUUAGACAACACGGUGGAGAACAGGCAAGCAUGGCGAGAGCUUCUGUAUUCUGCCCCUGGCCUUGGCAAUUACAUCAGCGGCACAAUCAUGUUCGAUGAGACUCUGUUUCAAUCCUCAAGGGCAGGAGUACCCUUCGUGGACAUUUUGAAAGAGCAGGGUAUCCUACCCGGAAUCAAAGUAGACACCGGCCUGCAGCCGAUUGAUGGCACUGACGGUGAAACCGCCACACAGGGCUUGGAUGGCCUCGCCGAGCGAUGCCAAAGGUACUACAAGCAGGGAGCUCGAUUCGCCAAAUGGCGCGCAGUGCUCAAGGUGGAUAACGAAGUACUCCCCUCCUCCACCGCUAUUCUCGAAAACGCCCAUGGACUCGCUCGAUAUGCCCAGAUUUGUCAGGCAAACGGUCUAGUUCCCAUUGUGGAGCCUGAAGUGACUCUCGGCGAAGGCGACUACAGCAUUGAGCGAACAGCCUACAUUUCCGAGAAGGUGAACUCUCACGUCUUCCGGCUGCUGAAUGAGUACAAUGUCAUUUUGGAGGGAAUCUUGUUGAAACCAAACAUGAUCCUCCCAGGUUUGGAUGUGCCCACACCUGCUCCUGAAGAAGUGGCUCGCUACACUGUGCGCACCAUGUUCCGAUCAGUGCCUGGCGCUGUGCCUGGAAUCCAUUUUCUGUCCGGAGGUAUGAGCGAAGAGGAGGCCACUUUGAAUCUGCAGGCUCUUCAGGCAUACGGGCCGACUCCGUGGUCUCUCACAUUCUCAUACGGCAGAGCUUUGCAGUCAAGCACCCUCAAAAUGUGGGCAGGACAGGAGGAGAACUGGCAGGCAGCUCAAGAGCGGCUUGUUGCCCUCGCUAAAGCGAACUCCGAUGCCCAGCUGGGAAAAUACAAAGGCCCUCACCCAUCCCCAGGAGGCCAACGAAUCCUGCAAGCUCUUAGAUUAGGAGGAGCUGGCAAGUAGAUUGUAAAUGUAUCCGCACAUUCGUUUUUUCGAUACUAAUGCGCAUAAACUCAACCGAUGUGCCCGCCGUUAUCCUUGUGUCGGCAUGAACAUGUCUGUCUCCACAAGCCUGGCGAUACUCUACUUCGUGAGCUUUGUGUCUAAAACUGAAUGUGAGAGUCGAUUGCUCAAGUGCUGCUUAGGGAUUCUGGAAUUUGUGGUAGCACAUGUGGAUGGGUGAAAUAUUUGAGGAUAUCAUGGAUAAAUAUAUGGAUGAUGUAGUGUAAUGUACACACUUCUUGAAAAAAAAUGUUUUCAAUCAA